AUGGCGGCCGCCGCGGUCCUGGCCGCCAUAUUAGCGCUAUUCUUCCGCGCCGCGUCCGCAACGGCCGCGACGGCUGCGGCUGAGGCGGACCACAUCGGCAGCCUGCCGGGCCAGCCGCCGGUCAACUUCUCCAUGUACUCCGGCUACGUCACCGUCGACGCGGCCGCGGGGCGGGCCCUCUUCUACUGGCUCAUCGAGGCGGCCGGCGUGCCCGCGGAGUCCGCGCCGCUCGUGCUCUGGCUCAACGGCGGGCCCGGGUGCUCCUCCGUCGGCUACGGCGCGUCGGAGGAGCUCGGCUUCUUCCGGAUCAACGCCGACGGCAGGACGCUCUACUUGAACCCCUACCCCUGGAAUAAAGCCCAUGAUUCGUACAAUUUCUUGGUGAAUUGGUUAGAGCGGUUUCCACAAUACAAGUAUCGCGAUUUCUACAUUACAGGAGAGAGCUACGCAGGCCACUAUGUGCCUCAGUUGUCUCAACUAGUAUACCGGAACAACAAAGGCAUCAAGAAGCCAAUCCUAAACUUCAAAGGCUUCAUGGUUGGAAAUGCGGUAAUUGAUGAUUACCAUGACUUCAUUGGCACAUUUGAGUACAUGUGGACACAUGGGCUAAUCUCUGAUGAAACCUAUGAGAAGUUGCGGUUGGCCUGUCAGUUUGAGGUAUCUGAGCAUGCGUCGAAGGAAUGCAACAAGAUCUUUGACAUUGCUGAGGCUGAGGAAGGCAAUAUUGAUGCAUACAGCAUCUACACGCCUACUUGUAAGAAGACUUCACUUCAUAAGCGCAGGCUUAUAAGAGGAAGAAUGCCCUGGUUGCCCAGAGGAUAUGAUCCCUGCACCGAGAAGUAUUCCACCAAGUACUACAACUUACCUGAGGUGCAGAAAGCUUUACAUGCCAAUGUCACUGGAAUACCAUACCCCUGGGUAACCUGCAGUGACCCAGUGUAUGAUUAUUGGAAAGAUUCGCCGAGAUCGAUGCUUCCUAUAUACCGUGAACUUAUCGCUGCAGGCUUAAGGAUAUGGGUCUUCAGUGGUGAUGCUGAUUCUGUUGUCCCCCUCACCGCGACAAGAUACUCCAUUGAUGCCCUCUUUCUACCAACUGUCACAAACUGGUAUCCUUGGUACGACGAUGAAGAGGUUGGCGGGUGGUGCCAAGUGUACAAGGGAUUGACACUGGUGACGAUCCGAGGUGCAGGGCACGAGGUUCCCCUGCACCGUCCGCGGCAGGGCCUGAAGCUCUUCGAGCACUUCCUGCGAGAUGAGCCCAUGCCCAAGCCUAUAGAUAGCAUUCAGUCAUUUUAG